UUUGGGCUUGAUUUUCAGAUACAGCAAUUCAGAAUAUCAUUUUGGAUUCCUCUUGGUUCAAGUCUACUAGGGGAUUAUGUGCUUAUAUAAGUUGCGAGUCCCUACAUGAAGUUGAUACAUCAAGAAUUCUGGCAGAGGUUUUAAGCGAUAUGAAUGAUGGUGAAGAAAAGAAAAGGCUUUAUGUUCCACGUGUGGAGGAUAAGAAUAGUCAUAUGCAGAUGCUCAAAAUCUCAAGUAUCAAAGAUUUGAUAGCAAAUUCAAUGAAUAUUUUGGAGCCAUCGCCAAUAGAUGCUGAUGGAAGUCAACGUGAAGAUGUUAUGCUGGCAAGUCACCCUGUUGACGUUUUCUUGGUACCUGGAGUUGCAUUCGAUAGACAUGGGCGACGACUAGGCCGUGGUGGAGGCUAUUAUGAUGUAUUCCUGACGAAAUAUCAGGAGCUAGCAAUGGAGCGAAGGUGGAAACAGCCUCUUCUAGUUGCACUUGCAUACUCCGUGCAAAUUAUGGAUGAUGAUGUAAUUCCUGUCACCCACCAUGAUGUACUUGUUGAUGCUCUUGUCUCCGCAUCUGGUGUCAUUCCGAUCAGCCCUGCAGCCAUGGACAGGAUGUGACUGAAUGCUUCAGCCCUUUCAUCUGCCUUUUCUGUUUUCCCUUACAGCAUGUGCAAUACUUUCACUGCUUAAUUUCUGGACCUAUUGAAAUAGAUAGAAUUGAUGCUUUUAAGCAUCGUUUUUUCAGCUGAGAAUCAGUUUGAUUUUGUAUCCUCUUUUUAAUUUAUCUGAUGUGAUUGGGAGACUACCUUCUGUUAGCAUGUCUGUUGUAAUUAUUUAUAACAUCGAUACUUGUUUGUGUUUCUUGUGCCUCCUAUAGUAUUUUAUUAUCAAAUGAUGAAAGAUCAAAGUAUAUUCUGGUGA